UCUUAAGCACCGCCUUGCACUCUCCAGCGCGCAAUCGUGCGACGCCCCGCCCCUCUUAGCUGACGCCUUCAAAGCUCGGCCGCCUGACGUCACAAACGCCUCUCGCCGAAUGGCACCGCUCCCGACCAAUCGGAGGGCUCGGGCACAUCUAUAAAUUCUGAGGACACUUUUCCAACUGAAGUCACAGAGGGAUGCAACCAAAAUGUGUAGACGUAGAAGAUGGAGAAGGACACCUUCAGCUAUCAGACGUCUGCUGGAGUUGACCGGGAGGAAACUGAUGGCAACCGUAUGUGUGGAUUGAGUAGCAGACAAAGAAGCAAGAUCAGUGGAACACAGCUCUCUGCAGCAGAACCUGAAACAAUGGAGGAGUCUCUUCAUGAAAACUCUUUUAAUCAAGAAAUACAGGAGCUGUAUGUAGAUAAACCUCCUCAGUUGCAGGAAGCAGAAAAAGAAUCCAAAAGAGAUUCCAAUGGGAAGAAACUGGGCAGUGGCAGUUUUCUUCACUUCACCUCUGAGAUAGAGCACAUCGAGGAACAGAUGGCAAGGGACAAUGUCCACUUUGUCAGAUUUGAAACCACAGAUAUCCACGGUGUGUCAAGAUCCAAGAGCAUCCCUUCUCGCUUUUUCCGGACCAAAGCAACCUAUGGGGUUGCCAUGCCAAAAGGCUACCUUGAGCUGACCCUGAAUCCAAGGGACCGUGAGACAUGCCACGUUCCUGCAAGCAGUUUUAACUGCGACAUCAUCCUGAGGCCCGAUUUAUCAACAUUCCGGAUCUUGCCAUGGGCGGAACAAACAGCAAGAGUGAUCUGCGAUCCCUUUAUGGUGAUGGGCAACCCUCUCUUGACGUCGCCCCGGCACAUUGCCAAGCAGCAGUUGAAUCAGCUCCAGGAAAAUGGCUUUGCGCUAUAUUCUGCCUUCACUUACGAAUUCUGCGUCUAUGGCAUUGCUGAAAUUGUCAAUUCCAAGACAAUCUCUUUUCCCGCUGCCACCCUACUCAGCAAUCAUGACCAGUCCUUCAUCCAGGAACUCAUGGAUGGCAUGUAUCAUGCUGGGGCAAACAUCGAAAGCUUCUCGUCCUCGGCUGGGCCUGGCCAGAUGGAGAUCUCUUUUCACCCAGAGUUUGGCCUGGGUGCAGCGGACAGUGCCUUCACUUUCCGGACAGGCAUUAAAGAAGUAGCCAAAAAGUACAAUUAUAUUGCCAGUUUUUUCACUGAGGAUGGAUUCUAUAAUUCUGGCAUUCUGACCCAUAGCCUUUGGGACAGCAGCAGACAGCAUAAUUUGUUUGCUUCUGGAGCCCCAGACCUAACUGAGACAGGGAAGAAUUGGCUGGCUGGGUUACUGAUGCAUUCUGCAGCUCUCAGCUGCCUGAUGGCCCCUACUGUCACCUGCCGCAAAUACUAUAGUGGGUGUAGCAAAGGCCCCAAAGAGGCUGUAGUUGCCAAGGGAGCGUGGAAUGACAACAGCUGUGCAUUUAACAUCCAAAAUCAUGGUGACAAGGGAACCUGGAUAGAAAAUCAACUGGGCUCAGCCACAGCCAACCCUUACUUGGUGCUCUCGGCUACAAUCGCAGCAGGUCUGGAUGGGGUGAAGAGAAAGCUCACGCUCCAGGAGUCCUCAGGGAAGGCCCAGAGCUCCACUCUGACGAAAGCAGGCAUGAUCCCUCUGAAGCUGGAAGAUGCUCUUGUGGCUCUCCAAGAAGAUGAGUGCAUCAGGGAAGCGCUGGGGGAUUAUUUUGUCCAGUACUUUAUCAACAUAAAGCAAUAUGAGGUGGAAACUGAGGAACUGGAUGUGGAAAGGAAUAAAUUUCUGGAAUAUUUUAUCUAGUGUGCAGAUGAGAUUGGAGAGUUAAUAGAAGCUAAGCAAUGCAGCUGUAGAUCAGGAAGUCUCUGGAUCGCAUUUCUUUUAUAGGUGACCUUUUUAAGUGACUUUAAGGCACUCCAUCUUUUUCUCUCUUUUUCCUAUAAGCUGCAGUACAGCUAAUAAAGGUGCAGAUAGCAACCAAUUGAUUUACUGUAAAUGGUUAUUACAAAAAUUUUGAGAAAAAAAUGCACAUAAAGUUUUAGUAGAAUAUUAGCUUCCUAUAGUCCUUUAUUUGAAUAUAGGUUAUUUUGCAUGAGACUG